CGCUGCUCCUUUCACCGAGUGAAUGUGAGCCUCUCCCAGUUAUGGCGCAGCAACAUUUUACGCACAGUGCUUCUCCUUUGUCUGUAAAGAAGCCAUUUUGAGACAGGAGAACAGCAGAGAAAACCAUAGCAAAGUGUAGACCUACAUAUCACCCAAAAGGUCUCUUUUGGACAAAAGGGAAGAAUGAAAUUUACAAGAUUUCUCCCUUUAAGAUUUUUUUUUAAGACUUGGAUUACAUGUUUUUUUUGAAAUACAAACUGAGACGACACUAACCCACCCCUUAUUAAUGCCAUUAUUAGAGGAUCCGAAGAUGGAGCUGAAAACAUUCCUCCUGCCCCUGCGUUUAGGCCUGUUCACUGCAUUUCACCAAAGUGCUGAGGUUUGGCGAACGGCGGCAUGGACAGCAGUCAUCAUCCCGUCUGCGGCUCGGCGGCGCCGGAGAAGCGGAGUCACCACUGGAGAAGUUACAAGUUGAUCAUCGACCCGGCGCUGAAGAAGGGAUCACACAAGCUGUAUCGCUACGAUGGACAGACUUUCAGCAUGCCCGACCCGGGGAUGCCACCGGUGGACAUGGUCCGAGACCCGAGGAUCGGUCGUCUCUGGACGAAGUACAAAGAGACGGAUCUACCGGUGCCAAGAUUUAAGAUCGAUGAGUGUUACAUCGGCCCUGUGCCUCCCAAGGAGGUGACAUUCGCCCGGCUCAACGACAACAUCAGGGAAGGAUUUCUUAACGACAUGUGCAAGAAGUUCGGAGAGAUCGAGCAGGUGGAGAUUUUGUAUAAUCCGAAGAACAAGAAGCACCUGGGGAUCGCCAAAGUUGUUUUUGAGAACGUGAAAGACGCCAAAGUGGCCGUGCAGUCGCUCCACAAGACGUCUGUUAUGGGAAACUUCAUCCACGUGGAGCUGGACCCGAAAGGUGAGAAUCGCCUUCGGUACUUCCAGCUCCUGAUGAAUGGCAGCUACACUCCGCAGACCCUGCCUGUUGGUGGAGAGGAGGCCAGAGAAGUCUCCCCUCGUAGCCUGGCAGAAGCCUUACUGGCCUGCGAGCCCAUCCGCAGGUUGUCCGAGAGCAGCGUGUCUGCUGUUGGAGGAACAUUGCCACCCAGCAGCUCCACCACUCCUCUGUCCCAUGAGACGGGCUACUCCAGCCUAAAGCAGGACACACCCCAGUCCCAGGGAACCCCUCACACCCCCCGGCAGUCAGGUACGCCCUUCUCUCAAGACUCCAACUUCUCCAGUCGUCAGUCCACGCCGGCGUACCAGUCCAGCCGGGCCGAGAGCUCCGGAGGUUACAAAAACCGCAGACACGAGAGCAAGUUCCAGGAUGCAUACAACCGGAGACCGGAGAGGCCUCAGUACCGCAGCAACAUGUAUCGAGGAUCGACGUCCGAGCAAGCGCCCUUCAAACAGCACCAGCACACCCCACCUGAGCCUCCGCCCUCCACCCCCUCCUUCAACUACACAGCGCCUCCCCCUGCUACGCCCAACUUCAAGUCCGCCUUCUCGCCCUACCAGGCUCCUUUGCCUCCCGCGUUCCCCCCGUCGGAGCCUGCUUUCCAUCACCCGGCCCAAAGGGAGGGUGAAUACCUCCGACCGCCACAGCCGCCUCUGGCAGCUGCCACUGACUUUUUGCCCGUCAAGGAUAGACCGGAAACUCCUCCGAUCCCAGAGCCUCCACCGGAGCCCGUGCCCCAUCCGAGCACCCCUCCUCCUCAAACACCAGAGCACUGCCCCUCACCUGGCUCCCCCGGGCUUGAUCCAGAGCGCAAUAGCCUGGAUUCCCGCAUUGAGAUGCUCCUCAAGGAGAAAAGGACAAAACUGCUGCCGUUCCUGGAGGAGCGAGACUCGGACACUGAGGUGCGAAUGGAGGGAAGUCCGAUUUCCUCCUCGUCCUCUCAGCUAUCCCCAAUUCCCCCUUACACAAGCGGCUCCCAAGGUGGCCCACACAACUCCCGUCCCUCCAGCACCGGCCUGGAGGAUAUCAGUCCGACCCCACUGCCAGACUCGGAAGAUGAAGAGCCAAUUCCCGGAACUGCCUCGCUGAUCAAGAGGAUCAGCUCUCCUGUCCCGGAGAAGAUGAGCAACAGUGACCUCAAGGAUGGACAUUUUCGAUGCCACACUCCCACGGACAAAAUGGACGUGGCUCCUCAGUCGUCAGGAGAAGACAUGGAAAUCUCCGACGAUGAGAUGCCCGGGACUCCGAACAGCGGCGCAGAGUGUGGCAAGGGCAUCGUCAUAAACUCUGCGGUGUCGCCGAUGCAGACCAUUUCCAUCCCUCCUCCCGGCUUCGCUACUCUACAGCACCAGGCUGGCUUCCAGCUCUCCCAUCACCACCUGGCCCCUCACUCUGCCGUCCCGGGACAUCCUCACCUGGCCGGUCAUCCGGUGCCUCACCACAUGCUGCAACACAUGGGUCCCUACGCUCACAGCAUGGUGCCACUGGUGCAAAUGGAGCUGAUGAACUGCUUACGGUGGGAACAGUGGAGCACCGUUCCCAUGUCCUUCCAGAUGCAGCAGCAGAUGCUGAGUCGCAUGGCUCAGACCAGAGGGCCCUAUCCUUAUCCACACUUUAUAGACAGUGGUGCGUCUGCGCCGUACGGGGCACCCUACCAGCCUGUGAAUAUGGGUGCUACACCCGUUAGCGGCGCAGCAGCAGCACCUGGGCAACAAUGGCAGAAUCCCAGUAUACCAAAGUUCAACCCUACUGUUCCUCCUCCUGGAUAUGAGACUAAAAAGGAGGAUCCCCACAAGGCUACUGUUGACGGUGUGCUGCUGGUCAUUGUCAAGGAGCUGAAGGCCAUCAUGAAGAGGGACCUCAACCGCAAAAUGGUGGAGGUGGUGGCUUUUAGAGCUUUUGACGACUGGUGGGAAAAGAAGGAACACUCGGCAAAGGUCUCUUUGACUCCGGUGAAGGGUGCGGAGGGGAAGGAAGAAGAAAGACCCAAACCCAAAGAGACGAUGGGUUCAAGUCUGCUGGAGAACUGGAACAAGGGCGAGGGACUGGGCUACGAGGGAAUGGGCCUGGGGAUCGGUCUGCGAGGGGCCAUCCGCCUGCCUUCCUUCAAGGUGAAAAGGAAGGACCCGCCCGAGGCUGCAACAGCGGGGGACAACAAACGGGCCCGACCCUCCACUCCGGUGGAUGACGAGCUGGAUGAUGAAGACCGGGAUCGAGACCCGGCCGAGCUCCCGUCGGACGAUUCCAAAAUGGAUGCGGACGGCGCUGCAGCGAAGCGACGGCACUCGCGGCCGCUUGAACUGGACAGCGAGGGAGAGGAAGAGGUGGACACCUCAGGAAAGGAAGAGGAGUCGUUGUCCGACAGGGAGGAGGAGGGGCCUGAAACAGAGGCUGCGGAACGCCUGUCGUCAGGCAAAGAGACCGCCGACGAGGAUGGUGAUGAUGAAGACUCAUCCAGUGAGAGCGCUUCCUCAGAUUCGUCUGACGAUGAAGCCGAGAGUUCAUCUUCCUCCAAGGCCAGCUCCGACUCCUCAGCAGAAAGUGCGGACUCCUCCGAGUACGAGUUAAGCUCCGAAGAGGAAGAGGAUGAGGAGGAGGAAGACGAGGAGGCGGCGGCAGCGGUAGAUGUGGAGGCCGAAGGCAAAGCGGUAGAGACCUCCUCGUCAUCCUCAUCCUCCUCGAUAUCGUCCUCUGAUGAAGAGGAGGGGAAGACGGAGACCAAGCCGCCGAGCCCUCCUGCGGUACCGGUUCCAGAGGAUAAGGAGGACAAGAGGAGCAGGGAGGAACUAAGCAGCAAGCCCAAACGCAGACCUCCUAGUCCUAAGGAGGAGUUGAAAGAGGACCUGAAGCCACCAUCGUCCAAAGGCCUCCCAGUCAAAGAGCGAGACAUCAGCGUAGACGGCAACAUUCCCGUAGUGAGGUCUGAACCCAAGGAGCCCUUACCGAGUCUUCGGCCGCCCACUCCCACGGGCGCCCUGCCCGACAGCGUCCAGGAGACGAAAGCCAAAGGUAAAGCAGAGCCUGAGGAAGUACCCUGCACCCCCGCUCAAUUAACCCCAUCCCCCGUAGAUGCAAACAAACCUCUCCACAAAUCUGCCUCCGCAUCUUUAAUGCACCUCCCUCUCCCUCCUCACCCGGCAGUAGAAGGUCGUUCCCUCCUUCAUCCCCCUCCCGGUCCCCUGCCUGACCUCCCUCAGCGGGCCAGGCUCCCCACGGACGAGGAUAUCCCCCGCACGCCGGGCAGGGACCUGAUGGAGCGUGCCCGAAGCCUGGGCAAGUCCCAGAGCACGGACACGGUGCCCAACACACCUGGUAGCGAUGCCCCGCUGACGGGCAGCAGCCUGAUGCUUAGCUCCCCUCACAUCCCCGGUAGCCCCUUUUCCUACCCUGCACAAUCCCCUGUCCUUAGCGCUGGAGUCCCCCGCACUCCAGGAAGAGACUUAACCUUCACCCCUGUCUUCCCUGACCCCACAGCACUGACUCUUAAUAGGAAAAUAUCCUCCGAGAGCCUGGACGAUAGACCCGUUUUUAAGGAGCCGCCCAUCAGCGCUCUGCCUAACCAGGCCCUGUCAGCCGGAGCGGAGCUUUCAGCCAGUGUCCCCGAAGAUCUGCCCGCCGGUCUCACUGUAGACGUCCCCGUGCCAUCAGACACUGCUCCAUCGAAGAGAAAACCUGGACGACCCAAAGGCAAAAAGACCCCGGCCGUCUCUGCAGCCGAUGAGUCUUUGGAGCUCUCAUCCGAGUCCACCACUCUGCCUCACGACGCACAUCUCAGCGAUCUGUCCGCAAAAACGAUAUCCGCCAAGUCCCCCGACCACCCGAGCCUGGACUUCCGGGAAGGAGAGGUGAAGCCUAAGACGGUCCUACCUGCCGAAGACGGCUUCCUGUCCUACAAAGAAGAGAAACCUGUGGUCGUGAAGCCUACGCGGAGGGCACGGCGAGGCUGGGAGGAGCUGCUGCUGGACAGCCUGUCACCCGUCGCCUCGCCUCACCGGCCCUACUUCGCCCCGCGCUCCGACUUUGAGGAAAUGACCAUCCUGUAUGACAUCUGGAACGAAGGCAUAGAUGACGAAGACAUCCGGCUUCUGCAGAUCACUUAUGACAAGAUGCUCCAGCAGGAUAACUGCAACGACUGGCUCAACGACACGCUCUGGGUCAACCAUCCUCCUACCAACAUCCCCCGAGUGAAGAAAAAGAGAAGAGACGACGGCAUGAGGGAUCACAUGACCGGCUGCGCGCGAAGUGAAGGAUACUACAAGAUCGACAAGAAGGACAAGAUCAAGUACCUUCAGAGCACAAAGCUGCAGUAUGAGGAGCCGCCGGUCGACACACAGGGUAUGAGUAUUCCUGCACAGGUCCACGCCUCUACCAGAGCUGGCUCGGAACGGCGAUCGGAGCAGCGACGUCUGCUGUCCUCGUUUGCGUGUGACAGUGACCUGCUGAAGUUCAACCAGCUGAAGUUCCGUAAGAAAAGGAUCAGAUUCUGCAAGUCACACAUCCACGACUGGGGUCUGUUUGCUAUGGAGCCCAUUGCUGCGGAUGAAAUGGUGAUCGAGUACGUGGGACAAAACAUCAGACAGGUGAUCGCGGACAUGCGGGAGAAGCGCUACGAGGAGGAGGGCAUCGGUAGCAGCUACAUGUUCCGCGUUGACCACGACACCAUCAUAGAUGCUACGAAGUGUGGCAACUUCGCCCGUUUCAUCAACCACAGCUGCAAUCCCAACUGUUAUGCGAAGGUCAUCACGGUGGAGUCUCAAAAGAAGAUCGUGAUCUACUCCAGGCAGCCCAUCAACGUCAACGAGGAGAUCACGUACGACUACAAGUUCCCCAUCGAGGACGAGAAGAUCCCCUGUUUGUGUGGGGCAGAGAACUGUAGGGGAACGCUGAAUUAACGUCCACGCGAGGUUCUCCAGGUGUGUAGAAGUGCUGUCCUUAUAUUUCAUUCAAGUUUCCGCACAUGUUGAGACUCCGGAUGAGGAAGAACUGAAGAGGGAAGGUUUUACUCUGGAGAAGAAAACCUGCAAGUCGUCUGUGCUACCCUCUUCAACAUAUUAAACUCUAGAUUGUUUACGAUUUAUGGUGCUCUUGAAAUAAAAAACGCAUCGUUUUUUAUGUCUGCCAGUGACCCAGAACUUACUUAAAACACUUUGACUUGCUCGUGCAGCAUUUCGUCCCCUCAACGUCGGACAGUAUUUCAGCAUGGCUCCUUCCACGUCCAGUCCUGGUUUUGUACAGUUUUACACUUUUUAAAAAAGAAAAUCUCGUUUGUUUCAUAAGCUUUACGUACACCACACGUGGUACAAGAAAAACAACACAUGUUAAGCUGCUCACUAACACUGUUGAGACGCACAAGCCCGCCAGGAAAACGCCUCUCUGUGGGAGAAGACGCGGUCGGGCACCUGAGCAGAUGGGAUGACGGUGGAGUGUCGCAGCCCGACACUGGACUACAACCCUGCUUUCUCACGCCUACCUCCUCUGCAGCAGUUUUCUUGGACAUAAAUCAAACUGAUAUUUAAAAAAAGUAAAUCAAGUAAUACAAAUGGAUAAAUCCUGCCACAAAAUCUGGAAUAUUUGGAUAUCACGCCUGGUUUCACCAGCCAAUAAUGGAUCAUGCUGCUUCCUAUUAGUUUAUGCAAAAAACAAAAACGUGCAAAAUUUGUAUUAAUGAUAGUCCGGUGUUUUCCAGUUUUGUUUAGGUAAUUCUCCUCUUGCUUGUUUCUUCAAAGACACUAUAUUUGUGUGUGAAUGUGUGAGUGAAUUUAUCAUCUUAGUGUGUGUGUGUGUGUGUGUGAAUGCGAGUGCACUGCCCCCUGUAGGCCACAGCGUAGAAGGCCGCCCAAUCAUGCAGAUGCAAGGAAAUGAAAAUUGAAUCAGUCCCUGUCUACAUCCACUGGGCAGCUUUUGAAAAAACCUUCUUAAACUAAGUUUUCAACUUAUGAAGAAAUAACUAUUCCUCAUUUUAAGUGCCAUAAGGAUGUGUAACUGUCUUUGUUUAACCUGAGCAGGCCGGUGACGGACAUAAAGGAACGUUUUUGUUUUCGCCUGGAGCUGUGUUAACAUGCAUGUUGCAAAGAAUUGCUGCCUAUUUUUUCACCGCUGUGGGAGUUUGAUGAUGCGUCCUUCAUCUGUACCUGGGAUGACUGUCUCAUGUUUGUGUCCUCUUCAUAUAACACUCUUAUUACUCUACCAGUGUUCAAUGUUUCCUGCGAAACAGAAGUGUUUCUACAAGGGUUGUUAAGAUAAAAGAAAAGAGAUAUUUGUGAAUGCACUCGAGGCUUGCACUUCUGCUUUACGCCCCACUCUCAGCCAAUCAUUUCCCCCCCCUUUCUAGACCAAGUCAGUCAUCGCUUUGCAUUCAGUUGGAUCGAUUAUGGAGAUUUUCUUUUUUUUUUUCACCAGUGAUGUUUAUAUUGUAUAUGAUUACUUGUACAGAAGAUCUAAAGCGCUUUUUUUUUUUUUUUUUUUUUUUUUUUAUCUUCACAAGGGUAACACUUUUAAGAUGCAUCUUUCUCUCUCUCUCUCUUUCUUUUUUUAACAAAAGACUGAGUAUUUAAAAAUAUUUUCAGGGAUCUGUAAAAGGAAUCUGAGGGUUUAAAAAGGUUGUUUAUUUAAAGAAAAAGGUCCACUGUGUACAGGAAAAGUCUACACCUCCCUUUUUGAAAGAUUGUUUCUUGUAGAAACGUCUUCAUUUUCUGCCCAUUUGCUUUGUAAUCCUACAAUGUGUAAAUACUGUAACUGUGAAUACUAUAUAAAUAUAUAUAUAUAUAUAUAUAAAUAUAUAUAUUUUUGUUCCCCAGGAUUUGCUACGCGAACACAGCUCAGAGAUCUAUGUAACAUAUGAAGCGAGCGAUGAGCUGGUAGCAGGAGAUUCAGCUUGUGUCAAGCUUUGUUUUUUUUUUUAUUUUCUGUUGUAAAUUCUAUGAAAAAGUUGUUUGCGGUGUGGAGAAAAAAACAAAAAGGUGCAGAAUUGGCAUGGGAAGAGGAAUGAAGCAUCAGCCUGUUUCUCAUGUCUAUUUAUUACACAACAAAUGUAUGAAAAAAGGAAAAAUGGAAAUAAAGCAAUUUUGCAUACAUCCAUAAA